UGUUGAACACUCAGCUAGACAGAUAUAGCAGCAACUGGAGAAACAGUGUCCCAAACAGGCUAAAUAGCAGUCAGUGUGUUAGUCUUCUCUACCUCUGGCAACACCUUCUGGAAAAUAGGACAAACAGGUCAAAAUGGAGAUUACACUUGAAGAUGAUAGCAGCUCAUCACCCAAUUUUGAAUACAAGGGAGCUCAUCAGGCCUUUAGAGAUCGCUGGAAAGGGACAGAUGACACAAUGUGUCGCCACAGCAUGUCCUUCCAUCUGCACCACACGCUGAGGAGCGAAUUCUUUGCCAGCUACCUCUACCUGCUUGAGAAGAUUCCAGUGGUCAAGCUGUUUCCAGUCACCUGUGAGUACAUCAAAGGAGAAAAGCAGUUCUACUACAGAGCCCAGCAGUUCUAUGAGGAUGUCCCUGCCUCGGAGGAGGGCAUGAUGGGAGAUUUUGUUGAGAUAUCCAACGUUGAUCUGGAAGGUUCCCGCCAGUUUCUGAAGAGGUUUGUGGGCCCUGGUAAGGCUGGCACACACUGUGCUUUGGAUUGUGGGUCCGGGAUUGGGCGUGUGACCAAAGGUGUCCUCCUUCCUGUGUUUGAGAAAAUGGAGAUGGCGGACAUGAUGGAGCACUUCCUGCUCCAUGCGCAUGAGGAGUAUCUGGGUGCUGAUGCCGACCGCAUUGAGACUUACUACUGCUACAACCUGCAAGAGUUCACACCUCCAAAAAACAAGUAUGAUGUCAUCUGGAUGCAGUGGGUGGCAUGUCAUCUAACAGACAAGGACCUGAUGAACUUCCUGAUUCGCUGUAAGAAGAGUCUGCGUCCAAAUGGUGUCAUCAUAAUGAAAGACAAUAUGGCACGGCAGGGCUGCAAGCUGGACCCCAUCGACAGCAGCAUCAGCCGCCACCUGGACAUCAUGAAAAUCAUCAUCAGCCAGGCUGGCCUUGAGAUCCUGGCUGUCGAGAAGCAGGAAGGCUUUCCUGAGGUCAUCAUGCCUGUCUGGAUGGUUGCUAUGAAGUAGCAGUGACAUUUUUGUUCCAAAAAUUUCAGAUUGUUGUUUGCUUCCUUUGAAAAAUACAAAGAAGAAAAUCCAACUUAGAACUAAAUUCACUUGUUAUUCUAUUUUAGAAAAAAAUCUUGAUCUGUGAUCAUGUCUCUGAGACCGACAACAGCAUCGCAACAAAUGUCACAAAGUCCUCAGAACAUAAAUAUUGAAACAGCGGUGUGGACAGCAUUGUGGAGAUAGGAGCAUUUUUUCUGCUCUGUACCUAAAUAAAAUAUAGCUUUCACUAAGAAUUUUAGCUUCUGCAGAAGAACUCCAUGUGUCCACUGUGCCAGACUGCAAUUUACUGUUAGUCAACUACUUUCAGGUUUUGUGUCAAGAUGGUGUCACUGAGUAGAGCCUCAAUUCUCAGUGUGGAAAAUCUGUUCCUGUCAGAGCUAUGAGGAUCAUUGGAAUAACAUAUGUAUUUUAACUAGCUAUUGGGUAUCUUCUCUGAGAGGAUUUGACUAAAGGAAAUGUGUUACACUGUGAGUGCUGCAUAUGAAUAACAAUAAUCUAUCAUUUUAUAUUGGAUUUAAAAACAAUAAACCUUUUGUACUUAACAUGCAACAUGUAUCUGGAUAUGUUAUCUGGACAGAGGCAUCUUAUCACAGGUCUAUAAAUUUACACCUGGUAUAAAAAGCAUUUUAGUUAACUGAUUCUGCCCACAUUGUGAUCUUAGGGGAUCUUAGUUAGGCAUGAGAAGCUUAGGGGAAGGGGCUCAGACUCCAAGCUCAGACUAUAGGUAUUUUUUUUGAAAAGCAGCUAGAACAGGAAGAGGAAGAAUCAACUCAGCCUGUUGGCAAUGACUUUUACCUUAGAAUAUGGCCACAGAUUGCAUUUCCACCAGGACCAGAUGUGAUCUGUCUGAACUGAUUAAAAUCGGAUUAUAAUGCAUACUAUGUGGAUUUUCUCAAUUAGAUAAGAUAUCCAGAUACAGAUUAAGAUGUUAAGACCAAUUGGACAAGGAGUAUUAAUGUCACCCUUCAGUACUGCAUGUAGGUACUGUUGCUCAUUUGUGUGUUUGUUUGAGCUAUCUAGUAGAGUGUGGUCACUUGUAAAUACGCUUGUUUUUAUCUGUGUUUUAUAUUUUUGCUUGUAAUAUUGCAGCUUAGUAAAAAUCAGCUUUUUACAUGUGCAUCUGUGUAGUGUUUUAAUGUGGGUUAGAACCGUAUUGCUUUACUAGGUUAAAUUCUAUUAUCUAGAACUGCAUCAUUACUUGAUACAUCAAUACUUGACAAUACAUUGUACUCUAUGAAAAACAAAACAAAACAAAACAAAAAAAAGGGGGGGGGGGAUCCCAUCAAAGUCUGGAGCAUAUGGCUGUAGUUUUAUGAUUUUUAAAAGCCAUUUUAUAUGUUCCAAACAAAGGCUAAUAGGAUUAAAGAUGUGGAAUGAUCACUGGCUAUUAUAAUCAAGGCUGGAACACAAAUGCUGACCAAUUUUCUUUAAAUAUUCCUACAGUGCAGCCCCUCCACACCCCUUGGCCAAUCUGAAAUCUUCCAGAGAGCUGGCUCACAACACAGGACAUAUUAGAGAUUCUCUCAGAUCAUUUUGGUAAUUGUCCUAAAUAUUAUUACUAUUAUUGUUUCUUUUCCAUACUAACAGUAUGAGUAGCACAUUGUUUUGGGUUAGAGAUUGGGCUGGGCCUCUGACAUGGAGGUGGGGGUGGAUUAUUUCCCAGUUUUGACAGACAGUGCCUCUUUUCCUAUCUGCUCUGGUUUCAAUUUAGGCAUUUCAGAUGUUGUGUGCGUUAAACACAGUUGCCUCCAAUAUUCAGAUGCAUGUGUGUCAGUACUUGAUGGGAGUGGUGUGGAGUUGUUUUACUCAGAGCUUUUUAUGAAAGAUUACUUUGUCACUGAGUAGGCUGGCAAUGAGAAAAUACAAAAUCAUUCAAGCAUUGAAGGUGCGAUGGUGUAAGAUGACCUCUGCAGCAUGUUUCUCUCGUCAGAAUCACUAUAUUAAGAUGUGAAUAGACCAAACACAUUUUCCACAUCCCAUAUGAAUUAAAGAUCAAAAUGGCCCAAA